AUGAGUACAAAUCCAUUUAUAAGCCAUAAGCCUGUUCCUAUCUCUAAUAAUACUGGUGGUUCAAGUAGAAAUGGCGACAGUCGGUUGAGUCAAUACAAUACGAAUGGUGGCUCCAGCAGACCAAAUACAUCGACUACUGGUGGUGAUGCUAGCAGCACAUUAUCUAUUCCAAGAACCGAGACUGGCUCGUACUCCAGAUCUAGUAUUGGAUCUGGGAAUAGCGAGUCUAAUUCAACUUCUAAUCAUAUCUUACCUCCAGAAGAAGAACAUCCAGAUGAAGAACCUCCUCCAUACACCCCCGAGGCCGAGCCCGGCAUGUCGGUAGCCGGAAUGAGCAAUAUUCCACCCCAUAUCCAAGCCCAGAUAUCUAUGGCCACUGGCAACAGUCAGACAUCAAACAACAAUUUUCAAAACCACGCUCAUAAUCAGUCACAUGUUAAUAACAGUCACCCUCAAUCACAAACCUACCACCCUCCCCCGCACCCACCACCACCGGCUCGACCUCCCCGACCCACUACAGCCUCCUCUUCGUCUCCAGCACGACCUCCAAGACCACAAUCAUCAGCAUUUCCAGGUUCAAAUUACCACUCGUACGGACAAACCAAUAAUUCGCAUAACCGCCCCACCACUUCUCAACAUCAAGCAUAUCAUCAUCGUCCCGGCAAUGCGAACACUAAUCAUCCUCCUCCUCAGAACCCAAAUCUCCCAUUCACAUACCCACCAGGCUAUUACUGUUAUAAAUGCAACAAUACAGGCAUCAAACUCAAGAACGGACUCACCUGUCAGGACUGCUAUGGGCGUUUUGCCCGACAAGGCCGUAAUGUUCAAGUCAUCCACUCCGGCCAGCCAUCCAUGUUCAACCCACUCGCACCGUUCAUGGGCCCCACUACCAGCUACGUUCCAUACUAUCCAGGUCAACCACCACCUCGAGUUGUCCGUCCUGGAGACCCAUCGAUUGGCGGAACUCUGUGUGGCCGUUGUAGAGGUCGCGGCAUGAUCUCAGACUUUUUCGGCGAUGAGACCUGCCCAACGUGCCGUGGGGUUGGUAGACUUUUAUAA